GUUAACCAAAUAUUUUUAAAAAGUGGUUCGUCGGGCUCUCAUUCAUUUUUCAAUCGAGAUGCAUAUAUUUCAUUCUGUAAACGUUCUUCCUUUUUUUCGAGUUCUUCCGCAUAUAAGAAUGGAUCAUACUUAUAUAAAAGGGGAGAGAGUGUCUGGGUUUCAAGUGAUCGGGAGUAGGUCUGGCCCAGAUCACAUAUACAGUUCCUGUGCCCCCAAAGACUCAAGUACCCCUCCGAAACGAGGAAGCAAGAGGGCAGUGUCAACUCCCACAGGACAAACACCUACACAUGAACCUAAAAGGAUUGAACUGGAUGAAAAAACCAGACACAACAAAUGGUCCCUUGAUGAGACAUCCUUUCUGAGAGAAUACAGUCAGACAUUACGAAAAGAUGGCGAGUCAGAAAACAGUUUCUGGAACAACUGCGCAAUUGCAAUGAACAACAUGUUUGGUGGAAAAAACAGAACAGGGAAGUCCUGCAAGAUGGCAGCCUGGCGGUUAAAUCUUUCUGGUACAUGUAACAGCACCAUGUGUACUUCUGUUAAUGAAGACUUUGUGGAUUUUACGCCGCUGUCAGAGACAAAAGGAAACAAUGUGGGAACCCAGACUGAUUUGUCUUUUAAUAAUAAGCAAAGGCAAGUAAAAUUUAAUUCUGAAAGUUAAUUUGAUGAUAUUGUCUAAAACAAUAUACAGCUAGGAAAUCAGUUACCCACCCAAGUGGUGAAGUCAUUGUUCACCCAAUUAUUUUCUCAAAAAUGCAUUGUUUAAAGGCUGUUUUUGAACCCGUUAAAUUUUUAUUUCUGUUUUAACUGAAAGCUGCUUAUAUUAUAACUUUAUACUGCCUUGUUUGAUUAAUAGUCUUUAAUUACCAUUACCAUAUUUUAUCAGAAGCUCAUUCUCAUAAUUGUGAAAAUUGCACUA